AGACAAAGAGAAGUCGGGUCUGGGUUUAGCUUCGGUCCGACUCUCUCCAAAUUCGACCGAAACAUUAGGCUUGAAUCCAUUUCUUACUGCUCGGGCGUUCGAGAACUGAAAAUGGAACGAUGGAGAUCGCGUUUCUCGCAGGGAAUGAGGGAAACGAUGAGAACCGUGACAAUGCGCAAAUCUAACGCCCUCGUUUCUGAGGGAGAUGUGAGUGGUGUAAUCGAUGAAGCAGGUGGUGCUGGAGAGAGAGAGGCGGAGAUCCAGAUAAACCCUAGGGAUGAUGAUCGUAUCGGCGGCCCUCCUCUCGAUGAUUGUUGCCCCAUCUGUUUCGGUGCCUUCACUGUUCCUUGCAAAGCCAAUUGCGGCCACUGGUUUUGCGGCAGUUGCAUUCUGCAAUAUUGGAAUUAUUCUGCCGCAUCUAAGCCUUGCAAGUGUCCCAUGUGCACUUCUGGCAUUACCAAGUUGACACCAGAGGCAUCAUUACACAGGCAGCACGAACAAGAAGUUACCAAAGUUUUGGACAAUGUUCAUAGGUACAACCGCCUUUUUGUUGGAGGUGCGCUUGGCCUUGUUCAGAAAGUGCGAGAGUCACCAUUAUUCAUUAAGAGAAUUUUUCAACAAAUGAUGGAUCCCGAUAGACCUGGUUCCUACCUUCAUGAAAUGCGCCUUUUUGCUAUGAUACUGAGUGUCUUAUAUGCUGCCACUCCAUUUAACUUCAUUCCAACUGGAGGCCUAGGGAUUGUUAGAUUGUUUGAUUAUGCUGCUAUUGCUCUUGUUCUUGCCCUACGAUUGGUUGGCAUGUAUCGCAGGCGACGUCUCACCCAGCGUGUUAGGCUUUUGGCUGAGGCUCAACCUUUAGGAGAAUAAAGUAGGAAUUCUCUAAUUCAUGCGCCUAACCAGUCUCAGUUCUUCCUUCUUGUCAAUAUUUGAAGAUGGCUUUAUCUUGUGUGCAUGUGGAAGAGUAUGAUUAUUAACGAAUGUAUCAUUUGACUUGAUCGAAUGUAGUUGAAAUGGUCUGAAGUGGAUUCUAUAUGAAUCACACGGAGUAUAUGUGUGCAUUAUCUACCUCUGUAUAUAGAAGUAUUUAAGGAAGUAUGAUGUUAUCAACUGUUGUCUGUACAUAAAGCAAGAAUGCAAGUAAACAGUAUUGAAGGUUUAUACAUUCAA